AAUGCCGAGCAUGCAUUCGUACUGUACAUACAUAGCUGGCAGUGGUAUAUCGCUGGCUAGCUCAGAGAAUCUAAGACUGAGUCUGUAGCAACCAUUUGAAGCCUCUGAAGCUCCAAGACGAGCUGCUGCAUUAUGUUAUCAUGCUGGCUCGUGUCUCGGCCUUAGCUUCCGCACCUUCCCUCUGCGGCAGGCUGGCAUCCUUGUCCUUGCGAGCGAGACCGCAGCAACAGUCCGUCCUGCUGAGACAGCUGCUGUCGGAAGAGCCUCUGAAACCGCAUUUGUCAUAUUCUGCCAACUGGCCCGCAGUUAAGAGUGCAUUUUGCAAGUCAGAGAAUCCUGGAAGUUCCAGCUUUUCAGGACCUUCCACCCGUGCAAUUCCCCUCAAUGUGAAUGCAAUUGGACUAGAAAGGAGGACCCCAAAUUCUAAGGAGAGGGGCAAAGCAGCGUUCUUUCAACCAGUUCACCAUAAGAUUACCAAUCGAGGUAAUCUUUCCUACAUACGUUGCAGCUCGUCUGGCAAAGUAGGAGAAGAAACGUCAGACCUAGGCGAGAUGGUCGGGAGGAAAGCGGACGGUCCGAAAAGGACAUUUCAGAUUGUGGUGGCAGCCACGCAGGACCUAGGGAUUGGCCGGAAUGGCUCCCUGCCGUGGAAACUGCCUGGGGACAUGCGGUUCUUCAAGCAGGUUACAACCACCACAUCCAGUCCCGACAAGCGCAACGCGGUUGUCAUGGGCCGCAAGACCUGGGACUCCAUCCCCCCAAAGUUUCGGCCCCUCCCUGGACGCCUCAACGUUGUUCUGACUCGGGCAGCUUCAAAAACAGACUCGGACAGUGCAUAUCCGGAAGGGGUCCUUGUUUGCGCCAGCCUGGACAGUGCAAUGUCGCAUCUGGCAUCUGCGGAUCAUGCAGACAAGGUGGAGACGGUGUUUGUCAUUGGCGGGGGCCAGAUCUACAGGGAGGCGAUGGCGUCCCCCCUGUGUGACGCUGUGCACCUCACCGAAGUCAACACUCGAGACACCCCCCUCGAGUGCGACACUUUCAUGCCCCCCGUCGACCCAUCCCAGUUCCGGGCCUGGUCAGCGUCCCCCCCAAAGGUUGAGAACGAUCUCCGCUACAGCUUUGUCACUUACGUCAGAACUCAUGCCCCGGAAGAGCCUCAAGGGGUUGAAACCAACGGAGCGGCAGUUGCGCCGAGCGGCGUGGUGGUUGAGUCGACUGGACGGGUCGAGAGUGCGGGAGGCGCGGAACUAGGGGCGGGCGAAAGUGCUGCCGAGCGACCGGAACGAGGCGCGGAGGGAGAUGGUGCUGGGAGUGCAGAAGCCGGGGCAGGGAAAAGCGCCCAACUGGGCGUUCUCGGAAAAGCGAAGUCUGGGAGCGAUGGGGCGACGGGGCCGGGUGCGGUUGCACGGUUGCCGAAAUCGAUACAAGAAAAACACGAGGAGCUUCAGUAUCUGAAGCUGAUUGAUGAGAUUAUCAGGGAGGGCGCGCAUAAGGGGGACCGGACUGGAACGGGGACCAUCUCCAAGUUUGGAUGCUCGAUGCGCUUCAACCUGCGCAAGUCCUUCCCGCUCUUGACGACUAAGCGCGUGUUUUGGCGCGGCGUGGUGGAGGAGCUGCUGUGGUUCGUGGCGGGGUCCACCAACGCGCGGCUGCUGCAGGACCGGGGCGUGCACAUCUGGGACGGCAACGGCUCGCGCGCCUACCUCGACAGCAUCGGACUGACGCACCGCGAGGAGCACGACCUGGGUCCCGUGUACGGUUUCCAGUGGCGCCACUUCGGCGCCAAAUACACGGACAUGCACGCGGACUACACCGGGCAGGGCGUGGACCAGCUGGCGGAUCUCAUCCACAGGAUCAAGACCAAGCCCGAGGAUCGACGGCUCAUAUUGUCCGCCUGGAACCCCGCGGAUCUGCAGCUGAUGGCGCUGCCGCCGUGCCACAUGUUCUGCCAGUUCUACGUGGCGGAUGGCGAGCUGUCGUGCCAGAUGUACCAGCGGUCGUGCGACAUGGGCCUCGGCGUGCCGUUCAACAUCGCGUCCUACUCCCUGCUCACCCUCAUGAUCGCGCAAGUCUGUGGUCUCCGUCCGGGCGACUUCAUCCACGUGCUGGGCGAUGCCCACGUGUACACCAACCACGUGGAGCCCCUUCAGGAGCAGCUCCGCAACACGCCGCGCCCGUUCCCGAUGCUGAAAGUCAACCCGGCCGUCAAUGACAUUGACUCGUUCACGGCGGACGAUUUUGAGCUCAUCGGCUACGAACCGCACAAGAAGAUUGCAAUGAAGAUGGCGGUUUGAGCAUAACCUCUGGUUGCAAACCGUGACCCUCCUACCGGUGCCCCAAGCUUGAGGGCAGGUCGGCAGUAACAGGCAACUAUGCAGUUUAGCUCCUUACAGUUUGAAAAUGGUGCGGCAUAGCACUGGACAUCGCACAGAUCCUUUCUGGUGAAGGGAGGAGUGGACCCACCCGAGCCGUUGUAACUCGACUCGAAGCCCCUCAUGUCAAGGGCGAAGGCCGUCCAUCCGGACGCAAAAGUUCCGUUGUUCAGAUUCCAGAAUCAAACGACGAGUGUUAAAAGAUCUCUGGCAAAAAUGUUGCGCUUGAAGAAUAAGCACUGGUACUUGGAGAGUCCCUGCUUCCAAAGGCCUUGUAGGGGCAUAUCCGUGAGUCUCUGUGGUUUGUGGUUCAA